AUGGAGUCACCCAAGAUAACUACACACCAAGCUGCGUCCUAUCGAACCUCGAUGUUAUCCAUUGCGUCGUCAACAAUACCAAGGACAGCUCAUUCAAAUGCAGCAAGCCAUAGUGGAUUAGCCCCAAGUUUGUUGACAACAGUAUUAACUCACCAAACCGAGGGUCAGGAAUUUGCUCAUGACUUUUAUGUGCGCGUACAGCUACCAACAGGAGAUACAACCGUGAUUUUAGCCGACGAAGACACGUCGAUAUCAGAAGUUGUUCAAAAAGUAGAGGAGAAAAAGCUAAUCACCAUUGAAGGGUGGCAUGUAACCAUUUUUUUACCUGGCGGAAAGAAAUUUGAUACUGAUCCUGAGCAGACACUAAGCAACUUCAAGGAGAUAGACAAACUUGUGAUUGCGGGGACCAUCGCAUCAUUAUAUCCUUUAGCACCAGUAGGGUCUAGCUAUUUGGGCAAAUCCUUUAAUCAAAGAAGAGGGUCAACCUUGGUUUCUCCACAAGCAAAGCAGACUACCACACGAAUGAGUAGCGACGUUUUUUCAUCGACUCAAUUAGACCAAGCCGAUGUUGUAUCCUUAAAAGGAUCGGCAAGAUUCAAGUCUGGUUUCAAAUCAGCACUGUCCGCUGUAUUUGGAAAACGGAAUCUGGCUAACCUUGAAAUUAGAACUUCAAUCAUUAGUCGUGGUUCUGAUUCUGUUGGACGUGCAUCGGGUCCACAUUCUGCUUCUAUUGUGAACGAUAAGCCAUAUACUUAUACAAACCCAAGUAUAGAACAAAAUAGAAAGUUGAUGCAAUCAGUAGAUAUUUCAUCCAGUCAGCAAUUUGACUCGAUUUUGAAUUUACGGCGCACUAUGGCUAGCCAAAACGAAAUAUCGCGCUCAACAGAGUCACAAAAUCAAGUACCUCCACAAACGGCAGAUGAUAUAGAAGACAUUCAACAAUCCACUCUUGUAUCGCAAAGCAUGUUUCCGGAAGAGCUAUCUAUAAGUUAUGCAAGCACCAUUAUGGAGCAAAAGUACGAUGGAGAUAGUUUUUCAUUACUCCAUGGCGGUAGUCCAUUGUUAGACAAUUACGCAGGCUCUAGAAGUGCUUUGGAAACCGAGCCAAUAGAUAGAAUCAAAGAUAAGAUAAUCUCAUCUGAUCAACUGGGAAGUAGUGCCUCGAUUAUUUCUCGAAGUGGUCGUCGGAGAAGUUAUUCGCAACCAGUUGUCCGGCCAGAGUUUGUUGCAACACUCAGACGACGUCCUAUCAAUUUUGAUCAAAGCAUUAAUGUUACAGAUUCGACAUCGGAUGACUCAGCUUCCAUGGUUUUGGUGAAAAUGCACUACAUUGAUGAAAGUGUUGUUGUUCUCAAAAUUCCAAGCACCAUGACUCUUGAGCAGCUCUUAAUUAAUCUUUGCAAGAGAAGAGGUUAUGAUUGUGCAACUCAUACAUUUGAAAUGCAAGAUAAGAGUGUGAUUGCUGAGCUUGAUCGUCGAGUCGAUUAUUUUGGCAAGGAAGAUGAGCAGCUAGAGUUGUUUAUAGUCAAAAAAGCCAAGGCUUACAGCACGACAUGCGUAAACGAAGGAGGCGUAGAUGUAAUGUGCAUGCAGGUCAUUGGGGGAAAAACCCAGAUCAUUGCAGCCACUCUUGAAAAGAUUUUUGAAAUAUUAGCCGAUGCAACUGAAACAGAUAAUGCAUUCGUAGAUGUGAUCCUUCUUACGUUUAGAUCAUUUAUAACGCCAAUUGAGUUUUUUGAUCAACUCAUUGCUCGAUUUUAUUGUGAUCUCCCAUUAAAUCCAAGCCAAGAAGAUAUCGAGUACUUUAAUUCAAUGAAAAUUCCCACUCAGCGUCGUGUUUUAUUUGUUCUUCAAUUGUGGAUUGAGCAUCACUGGCACGAUUUUGGUCUGUCAAGUCAGCUUCGUCAGCAUCUUGACAGAUUUUUCAAGGAAAUUUCGGAAUACCGUGAUCACGACUUUGGAGCAGAGCAUUACGAAAUCACACGGCUAGUUGAAAGACGAAAAGUGUGGUACGAAGAUCUUCUUGCCACUUACACUUUGGGUGGAGAGAGAAGAGGAAAAACAAUAGAAAGCAUGUUUUUGGACCUUGAGCCUGUCGAAGUAGCCCAGCAGCUCUGCAUUCACAAUAGUGGUAUUUUUAGAAGUAUCCAGCCUAUUGAAUUUCUCAAUGAAAUAUGGAGUGGGGAUAUUGACAGUUCUCCAUCCUUCAAAUUUUUUGUCGAGCGAUUUGACAAGGAGUCGUAUUGGACUGCAACAGAGCUUGUAAAAGUUAAAGAUCUCAAAAAGAGAACUUUGAUCUUGAAGAAAUUCAUUCAGCUUAUCAAGGAGUCGUUGAGUUUGAACAACUUUUUUACCACUUUUUCGUUGAUCGCAGGCCUAAAUCUCACUCCAGUUCAGAGAUUGAAAAAAACAUGGGAGGCACUACCCGAAAAAUCAAAAAAACUAUGGAGCGAGGUAGAAAAGAUUGCAGAUCCAUCUAAAAAUAUGAAAAUCUAUCGGGAUCAACUGGCUGCAUCAGUACCCCCAAUGGUUCCAUUUUUGCCAAUAUAUUUAAAAGAUUUGACAUUUAUAAACGAUGGAAACCAGUCGAAAGCUCGAGGCAUGAUCAAUAUAGAAAAGCUUCGCAUGAUGUCAAGUCGUGUUUUGGAGAUUACAUCGCUAUCAAAAGUGGAGUACACGUUUGAAUCAAAGCCUGCCAUUCUAAACUACUUGGCAAAACCGCCCGUUGAACGGAAUUUAGCAAAGCUCAAGGAAUUGGCUACAGAAAUAGAGCGAGAUCUCAAAUGA